AUGUGCAAAAUGCUCACUCAAAAAAUACCGGAUCCUAAAUCAGAUGCCAACAAAGUUUUCCAAGUUCUCAAAAUCGGCGGAAUAGCGAUCAUACCAAUGAAUGUAGGCUAUGGUAUCAUCGCGAUCGAUCAACAGGCACAAGCCUGCAUCAUUGAUGCCAAAAGGCGAGAGCCACACAAGCGCCAGGCAAUGAUCGGCAGCUACUCACUACACUGUGGUAUCCAUAUCCUUCCCACCCGAGAAGCCGGAGUUGUCAAGCUGUUGACUGUGGAUUUGGACCUUCCUCUCGGUGUUGUGGCACCUUAUUGUCCAGAUCAUCCUUUAAUCAAAGGAAUGCCUCCUGAUAUUCUAGAUAAAAGUGUCAUGGAUGGCACCUUGGCAAUGCUGGUGAAUGCAGGCGAGCUAGCCGAGGAGGUAUCUCGACUUGCUUCAAUGGAGGGAAAAUUUGUGAUGGGAUCUUCUGCAAAUCUCACUGGGAAAGGAACCAAGAUCGUGGCGGAGGACAUCGAGCCAGAUAUUUUGAGGGUGGCCGAUAUUGUUGUUGAUUACGGAAAGCAGAAGUUCUACUAUCCCCGUGCUUCAUCCACCAUGAUUGACUUUAGGACUAUGAAUGUCUUGCGUUACGGAGCCUGUCAUGAUGUGAUACAAGAUUCUCUUUGGCGGUUUUGUGGCAUCAAGGUGCCCGAUGACCCCCAACGCCCGGCGAAUUUGUCGGGUGAUACUUUUGCAAGACAGAUGCAAAAGGGUUACAAUUGA